UUUUCGCGGGGAGCCCCGUCCAGCCUGCUGGUGAAGGACGAAUACGUCGGCGAUUACGAGGGCCAAGCGGCGUUGCCAUCGGCCGAGCCCCACUCGGUGCAAACCAUCCAACACCCGCCCGGCGCCCGUUCUUCCGCCGACGCUUUCGCCGCCGCCGCCGCCGCCGCCGAACCCGGCGCCGCCAACUUCCCCGCCAUCCCGGUGGCCUCCACCAGCCAACCUCCCAGCGUCCUCCCCGGCGGCGGCCACAGCGAUGGCCUCCUCCAGAUGGCGGCGGGAGCGCAAGCGGGGACGGCGCAGAACGGUUUCGCCGCACCGCCGCCGGCCACCUAUCACCACAACAGCGGAGGGAACGGGGCGUGGAGCGGGAACAGGACGGCGCCGUAUCCCCCCGCCAUCCCACAUCAUCAGAACGGGCACCUGCAGCAUCACCCUCCCCUCCAUCCCGGGCAUUAUUGGCCGGUCCACAACGAGCUCGCCUUCCAACCGCCCAUCUCCAACCAUCCCGCUCCGGAAUAUUGGUGUUCCAUCGCUUAUUUCGAGAUGGACGUGCAAGUGGGCGAAACUUUCAAGGUGCCGUCGAGCUGCCCCGUGGUGACGGUGGACGGUUACGUGGACCCGUCCGGCGGCGACCGUUUCUGCUUGGGUCAACUGUCCAACGUUCACCGGACGGAAGCCAUCGAGAGAGCGCGCUUGCACAUCGGCAAAGGGGUGCAGCUGGAAUGCAAAGGCGAAGGCGACGUGUGGGUGCGCUGCUUGAGCGACCACGCCGUCUUCGUGCAGAGCUACUACCUGGAUCGCGAAGCCGGGCGGGCGCCGGGCGACGCCGUGCACAAGAUUUACCCGAGCGCUUACAUCAAG